CCCUCUCUUUUCUCAAGAGCCGGGCAGUAUUGUGUUGGGCCUGGCUGCGGUAACCACUGGGAGAGGUCGAGGUCGGGGCCGGAAGGGCCAAAGAACAGUUAGCCAAGCCACCAGGAGCCAGCCAAUAUGAUCAAGCUAUUCUCGCUGAAACAGCAGAAGAAGGAGGAGGAAUCGGCUGGCGGCACCAAAGGCUCCAGCAAGAAAGCGUCUGCCGCGCAGCUCCGCAUCCAGAAAGAUAUAAACGAACUUAAUUUGCCAAAAACAUGUGAAAUAGACUUUUCAGACCAGGACAAUCUUCUCAACUUCAAGCUAGUUAUCUGCCCUGAUGAGGGAUUCUAUAAAGGCGGGAAGUUUGUGUUCAGUUUUAAGGUAAGCAAUCUGUCUCUGUUCUCUAAGACAUCUAAUGGGGCAAUACUAUAUAUCUGGUGUUUCUUGGUGCACACAGUAACUUGA